AGACUGUACUUUCAAGAAGUUCUUGAAAUAAGUUUUAUGGUUUCGGUUUUUAGAUUUUCCCUUUAUUUUGUAAUAAAAUUGAAAGAUGUUUAUUUGUCCAUCCUGUAAAAAAACCUUUACUCGUAAAGACAACCUAUCUCGCCAUUUAAAGAGUGCCUGCAACAAAUCUUCCUUUCUAAACAGAUGGUUGACAAAGUCUACACCUGAAGAAAAAAAGAAAUAUUGUGAAGAAUGCAAAGAGUCAAUAUCACAAAAUUUAUGGUUUGGUCAUCUGCGAUCAAACACAUAAAAAUAAUUCUAAAAUAUUUGAACAAUCAGGAGUACAAAUUAUUAAAUCUGCAUUCAAAGAACGAAUAAUAACAUAUAGAUUAUCUAUGGAGGAGAUGAUCUUAAAUGUUAAAAAUUACUUUAUAAAAUUGGAACAAAAGAUUCUUCGUAUAUUUGAGGAUCAAUUAAGAAAACACACAUGCCUUAAAAUUAAUAUGGAGCUUUUUGGCUAUUAUUAUAAUCCAAGUACUGAUAAUCAUGAUGUAAAAUCAUUCAACACUCCAUUUAAAGUAAUUUGUAAUAGCAGUGCAACAAAGGAUUUGAUAGAAGAAUUUGUAACAGUUAUUGGCGAUAAGGCAGAUGAGUUUGCAGAAAAAGAUUCCGGAUGGAUCUUACUUAAUUUUAUUCAUUUGGAAAUUAACAUCAAUAAAUUCAAUCCUUUGAGAGCAUCAUCAUUUAUUGAACUACCUCCUGAAAUAGUACGACGUCAAGCUGUAGUUAACAUAAGAAAUAACGAUGACUACUGCUUCGCAUGGUCCAUAGUUGCAGCUCUUCAUACUCCAACAGGUGUUGACUUUGUUACAUCAUCAUACCCUCAUUAUUCAACGGUUUUGAACACUGCAGGUAUUAACUUUCCAAUAUCUUUAAAAGACAUCAAGAAAUUUGAAAAUCAAAACAAUAUUUCUAUCAAUGUAUACGGUUUAGAAAAAUAUUAUAAUAAAAUUUCUAAUAAUGAAGAAUAUGAAGUAAUUGGUCCUCUACAUUUCACAAAUGCUAAAAAAAAUAUUCAUGUUAAUUUAUUAUUGAUAAACGAUGAUGAUGGAAAUCUUCAUUAUUGCUACAUUUCCGAUCUUUCAAAUUAAUUUCUAAACAACUUAGUAAACACAAUGGUAGAAAAUAUUUAUGUGAAGGAUGUUUGCAAUAUUUUGAUACAGAACAAAAAUUACAAUACCAUAAUAGUUAUGAUUGUGAUCAUGUUAAAAUUAAUUUACCUUCUAAAGAACUACUUAAAGAUAAAUGUGGAAAUGUAGCAUAUGAAAAUAUAUUAAAAUUUAUAAAUUAUCAAAAACAAAUGGAAGUUCCUUUUGUGAUUUAUGCAGACUUUGAAUGUAUUUUAAAACCUUUAAAUAAUAAUGAAAAUGUAGAAGAUCCAAAUAGUUCAUAUACUGUAAAAAAAUUUGAACAUAUUCCAUACUCUUUUGCAUAUUAUAUCAAA